AAUGCGGACACUUUGGCAGCAGCGUAUCAAACACUGGUGAAGUAGUUACUUAUGGAAGUACAUAACACUGUUGCCUUUUUCUUUGUGAGACAACCGAACCUCGCUCAUUAGUUUUAACUCUAUAAUGCAGCACAACUCGUUAACUGUAGCUUAGAGAGGAGGACUGACGACGGCGCUGUGGGACGGUUGUUACCUCCUCCACCGACAUUCACACGUCUCCGCGCUCCGCUGUUAUGGCUCUCUGCCACAAGAAAUCUCUGUUUGGGGAUUAUGAAAGGUCAGUUCUUUGUCAGUCGCGGUGAAGUUAAGAGGCAAGCUGUGCCCACUAGCUAAAUGUGGGGCCCGCUCACACUUAAAUGACUGACUGGUUGUCACCAUGCCGAGCCAAACUACGUCCCCGCCGCUGACGGUGACCGUGCUGGCCGCGCUGUGGGUCACUUUGGGUCGGUGCGAUGUCUCCGAGUCUCCGGGGCCAGGAUGUGACAAUGGGAAGCUUUAUUUGUAUAGGGACCUGCCUGAGGAUGCUGUUUUUUGGGACUGUCCAGCGUCUACAUGGCCGGAGUCUACUCAGAGACGUCCCAGUGUUGACACAGUGUAUGAUCCUGAGCCAGCCAGGCAGAUCUGCAUGGAUAAAUCUAUUUCCUACAAUCAUACCAUUCCCAACAGUGGCGCGUACAGACCAGUAAGGGCGGAGAGUGGAGAGUACUUGUACUGUCCUCCUCAACGGUGGCUCAAUAACUUGCACCAUGCAGCUACUGUUUUGCUCUACCAUCCCUGUGCUCCUCUCCACGAGCGUCUCCUUCUGUCCGCCCUGGCCCGCUCCUGCCUGCCAGACUACAUCAUGACCCCACAUCCACAGCUCAAUACAGACACGCCAAUAGCCUUGGUGUCCUGGGGUCGCACCUUGGAGCUGACCACAGUGGCCUCCUCGGACGUCUGUGAUUGGCUGGAGACCACAGCAUCCAGAGCAAAUGAGUUUGGUGGUGUGCGCCUGAGCAGGAAGUACAACCUGCUGUUAACCUGGUCAGCUGAACAUGCACAUCCAGAGAAACACUCCGCAAAAAUGAAGGAGUCUCUGGGGCGAUGCUGUGAGCAGACCGUCUCUUCCCUGCUGAAUGGAGCAAUGGAGGCAGAGCUAGAGUCCAACACGAAGAAGGAAAGCUUGAAACCAAUUAAAGAUAGAGGCAAAAUCAGGCAGAUAAGAGCAGCUGUACAGACAGACGACAGAACUACCGUCAGCAGGACAGGGGACGGUCAGAGCUACAACAGCACGCUUGGACCACCAGAAGAUUCUCCUCUACGGAACAGGACUCUCUCGGAUCCUCCGGGCCUGAAGGAAGAUCCCUCUCAGUCUAAGAUCCAAAACAUAAAUCAGAGCCUUACACCCAGGCCCACAACUCCUUUGGGGUCAAAUAUGCCUGAGACUGCACUCCGAACUGACUCUGUAGGAUCAACGGAGUCCCAGAAAAGCAGGUUAACGGUACAGACAGCAGCACAGAAUCCAAGUCUAAAACACACUACCCUCCAAAACCCAAACCCCUCUGCUGGGUUGGAUGUUCUUGCAGAUGGUGUGAACAAUGAACGUAACCAUACUGCCAGCCCUGAAGCCCUGUCCCUCAACUCCAAAGACGAAGGUACAGACUCUGUUAAACACCGCAUGAAAGGGUCCAAAGAGAAAGACUCUGAUAAAGACAGCGCAGCAGAUGGCAUGAUGAAGGAUAAUGAAGUAGUAGAUGUUAAAGAGAGAGAGCUGGAACAUAAGCAAACACACAGUGGCAAACACUCUCACCACAAAAGUCAAAAGACUGGCUUUGAAUCAGUUUCCAAAUCCCAGUCAGAUCCUCUUUCCCAGCCGCAGCAAAACCCAAACCCACAGCCGCUCAGUUACGUGCCCAACAGCCACGAUUGUGACAGCUGCAAAGCAGGCGAACGCUGUGAAUGCGACGAGGACUUGGGGGCCGAGGCCCGAGCCGCCGCUGUGAAUAAGGGGUUGCCGAGGACCCCCAGGACAGACGAGGCGGUGUGGGCAGCAGCGGCGCUCGGCUUCCUGCUGGUUCUCCUAACCCUGUCCGUGCUUCACACGCGCCUGUACCGCCACUGGAGGACCAUGCCCAGUCUUUACUGGCACGACCCACAGCAGGACUACGACAGCGUGGCAGAUGUGAUCCGCAGGAGGCUACGAAUUGCAAAGAGGAGGCGGAAAAGAUGCAGAAGACAGGAGUGUGUUCUGCUGCCCAGCUCCUCCAGCUCAGAUGAACAUCCGUAGAAAAAUGAAGGAAACAGCCCUCAAGAAUGCAACCAAGUCUCAAUGCAUGUAGAGGAGGUGAAUACUGGACUGUGAGAGACAAACGAGGCCCUCUCUCAUUGGUUGCAUAUGGACUGUUUAGAUUCUUAUAUCUGUUUCUUCUUGUGAAGGAAGCCAUGGAACGCAGAACAGAAAAAAACAUUUCUUUUGAGCAUCCAAAAUAAGCGUUGUAUUGUAAACAGCCAGAACACAGAGGUAAAUCAUUUCUUAACAAAUUUAAAUGAACACUGCCAUAGAUUUAAAAAGAUUACGUCAACAGUCCAAAGAGAAGCCCUCAGGUUGUAUUUAGUGACCCUCAGAUUUCUUUAAAUGACUUUAAAAUACAGUAUAUGUGAUCAUACUCUCCUACACAUCACACAGUGUAUACGCCUCAUUUUGUUCACUCCAUGUAUUACAAUCAAUAUCAAGUCUCCAGUUAAGGUCCAUUUUUCUAUCCUAGGAUUAUUGUCAUUGUUUGGUUCUGUUUAUAAGUAGUUCUAUAGUACCGCCAUGUUGCUUUCACCUGUGAAAGUCUUGUAUGUGAAUAUGUAAGUUGCUGUUCUAAGCAACGCUGUGUGCAGUUUGUGUCUUGUCGUCAUCCAAUGGUACGAACAUGUGAAUAGCUGAACCUUGAAGGGUUUUUGGACAGGUUUUCCAGAAGGAUUUACAAGGACAAUACAUUUCACAGAAGCGUUGAAUGUGUGGACUGCUGCUGUUUGAAACAGUUGUUGUGGAUGUCAGCAUGUUUUCUCCUGUCUCUUUGCACCAAAAGUUGAUGUUAGUAUCUGAGCAGUUAUAGCCGGACUGAUGCCAGGAUCAAUAUUUGAGUGUUUAAAAGGUCCAAUAACAUAAUAUCAGCCAAUAUUGUAUUGAGCAGCAAACCUUUAAGCGCUCAAUGUAAUGAAGAUACUUUCUAAAUUGACUCGACUUCUCGUUCUUGCUCAAACUCAUUUUACAACCAUGUGUAGUAAAAAUAUGGCUUUAUUGAUUUGAAAACAGACAUGCAAUAUGUUCCUGUCAUUGUAACUAUAUACUUUUCUUGUGAGGCUCUGCUGCAAUGUCCUCAUGAGCAAACUGAGGGUUGAGUGUAGAACCAGCUCAACAAAACAAAAUAGUUAAUUAUCUUUGUAAAGUGAAGAACAAACAAAUAUUCAGCAGACUCAGAAAAUCCAAUGACAUAAUCACAUCAUCUUUUAAUGAAUAAAAUGAAAUGUGGCUUAAUGACAUCAUGGUGGGGGGGGGGG